AUGGACGAGGGUCUCCGGGAAGGAGGAGGAACGGACGAGGGUCUCCAGGAAGGAGGAGGAACGGACGAGGGUCUCCGGGAAGGAGGAGGAACGGACGAGGGUCUCCGGGAAGGAGGAGGAACGGACGAGGGUCUCCGGGAAGGAGGAGGAACGGAGGAGGGUCUCCGGGAAGGAGGAGGAACGGACGAGGGUCUCCGGGAAGGAGGAGGAACGGACGAGGGUCUCCGGGAAGGAGGAGGAACGGACGAGGGUCUCCGGGAAGGAGGAGGAACGGAGGAGGGUCUCCGGGAAGGAGGAGGAACGGACGAGGGUCUCCGGGAAGGAGGAGGAACGGACGAGGGUCUCCGGGAAGGAGGAGGAACGGACGAGGGUCUCAGGGAAGGAGGAGGAACGGACGAGGGCUUCCGGGAAGGAGGAGGAACGGACGAGGGUCUCCAGGAAGGAGGAGGAACGGACGAGGGUCUCCGGGAAGGAGGAGGAACGGACGAGGGUCUCCGAGAAGGAGGAGGAACGGACGAGGGUCUCCGGGAAGGAGGAGGAACGGACGAGGGUCUCCGGGAAGGAGGAGGAACGGACGAGGGUCUCCGGGAAGGAGGAGGAACGGACGAGGGUCUCCGGGAAGGAGGAGGAACGGACAAGAGUCUCCGGGAAGGAGGAGGAACGGACGAGGGUCUCCUGGAAGGAGGAGGAACGGACGAGGGUCUCCGGGAAGGAGGAGGAACGGACGAGGGUCUCCGGGAAGGAGGAGGAACGGACGAGGGUCUCCGGGAAGGAGGAGGAACGGACGAGGGUCUCCGGGAAGGAGGAGGAACGGACGAGGGUCUCCGGGAAGGAGGAGGAACGGACGAGGGCCUCCGGGAAGGAGGAGGAACGGAGGAGGGUCUCCGGGAAGGAGGAGGAACGGACGAGGGUCUCCGGGAAGGAGGAGGAACGGACGAGGGUCUCCGGGAAGGAGGAGGAACGGACGAGGGUCUCAGGGAAGGAGGAGGAACGGACGAGGGUCUCCGGGAAGGAGGAGGAACGGACGAGGGUCUCCGGGAAGGAGGAGGAACGGACGAGGGUCUCCGGGGAGGAGGAGGAACGAACGAGGGUCUCCGGGAAGGAGGAGGAACGGACGAGGGUCUCCGGGAAGGAGGAGGAAUGGACAAGAGUCUCCGGGAAGGAGGAGGAACGGACGAGGGUCUCCUGGAAGGAGGAGGAACGGACGAGGGUCUCCGGGAAGGAGGAGGAACGGACGAGGGUCUCCGGGAAGGAGGAGGAACGGACGAGGGUCUCCGGGAAGGAGGAGGAACGGACGAGGGUCUCCGGGAAGGAGGAGGAACGGACGAGGGCCUCCGGGAAGGAGGAGGAACGGACGAGGGUCUCCAGGAAGGAGGAGGAACGGACGAGGGUCUCCGGGAAGGAGGAGGAACGGACGAGGGUCUCCUGGAAGGAGGAGGAACGGACGAGGGUCUCCUGGAAGGAGGAGGAACGGACGAGGGUCUCUGGGAAGGAGGAGGAACGGACGAGGGUCUCCUGGAAGGAGGAGGAACGGACGAGGGUCUCUGGGAAGGAGGAGGAACGGACGAGGGUCUCUGGGAAGGAGGAGGAACGGACGAGGGUCUCUGGGAAGGAGGAGGAACGGACGAGGGUCUCCUGGAAGGAGGAGGAACGGACGAGGGUCUCUGGGAAGGAGGAGGAACGGACGAGGGUCUCCUGGAAGGAGGAGGAACGGACGAGGGUCUCUGGGAAGGAGGAGGAACGGACGAGGGUCUCUGGGAAGGAGGAGGAACGGACGAGGGUCUCCGGGAAGGAGGAGGAACGGACGAGGGUCUCCUGGAAGGAGGAGGAACGGACGAGGGUCUCCGGGAAGGAGGAGGAACGGACGAGGGUCUCCGGGGAGGAGGAGGAACGGACGAGGGUCUCCGGGAAGGAGGAGGAACGGACGAGGGUCUCCGGGGAGGAGGAGGAACGGACGAGGGUCUCCGGGAAGGAGGAGGAACGGACGAGGGUCUCCGGGAAGGAGGAGGACAGCUGGAGGAGGCUGACAGAGGCGGCCAUCUUAAAAGUCUUUUAUACAAAGAGUUAAUCCUCUCUCCAUAG